CUUAGUUUUUCAUUUCUUUUGCCAAGCGACCAGUAGAUUUAGACGACCUUGCUUUUGCAUGUGUCUUUCACUCCUGCCACGACAUUCCGCUGCGCCUCAAGCGUGCAAAGUACCGGCGCCAUUCUUGAGCCAGCGACCAUUGACGACAACUCCUGCUCCGAAAGGGAACACUAAUGCAAACAAAUCUGCAGAAGUGCAGUGCCAGUGGCGACAGCUCCUGCUUCAUAGUUUUUCAAAAUAUUUCUACUUUAUUUUCUUCAUCUUAUUCUCGUUCUAUGUAUCCUUCGCUCUUGAAGAAGUGAAACGUAUCUCAAGUUCUGCAACUACGUCUGUGUACGUUGCCCAGGAGAAGACAGGCAGCGGUUCGGUUUAUGGAGUGGGUGUAUGCAGUCCGCCAAGGCGAAGGCUGCCGGCCUGAAGAAAGUGAGCGGAAAGCUUGCUUUACAUACUAGCACGGACAUUCUUUGUCCGUGGCUAGCGAGGAGUCGUAGCGGAGCCGCCGACCGUGGUGCGUGCGAUAGUAUGUCCGCUUCCUAUAUCGCUCUCAGGCGAGAGACAAGUCAUCAUUUGUUUCGGCCUCGCAUUCAUCGUAAAAAUCGUAUUCUUCAAAGCAGGGAGCGGCACCACGAAGGUCAAGUCUUGAACUAGAUCGGAAAAAUGUGAUCACCUUCAUUACUAGCUCUACUAGAAAAACAAAAGAAAAUCGGAGUCGG